UCCACAAGAUCCUUGUGUGCUCGGGAUUUCUUGAAUAAUUACAUUGAAAAUGUGCAGUGACAUUAGUCAUUAUACUAUACAGCAAAACGAUAAAUACGGACGAUAUUUAGAAGCGAGUAGAGAUUUGGAUGCCGGCGAAUUGAUAUUUUGUGAUACACCGUUUGCCGUUGGACCAAAACCAGAUACUCCACCACUUUGUCUUGGCUGCUACGUUCCGGUAGACAACACACUGUGUUCGCGAUGCGGCUGGCCGAUAUGUAGCGUGGAAUGCGAAAGUUCGUCGCAACACGUUGCUGAAUGCGCUGUCUUCGCAACAGCCAAAGUCCGUUUUCAACCUGUCGAUGACUGGACUACUUGUGCGCCUCAACUGGACUGUAUCACACCAUUGAGGGUUCUGUUAGCGAAAGAAAAAGAUCCUCACAGAUGGCAGUAUGAGCUAGAGCCGAUGGAAACCCAUACUGAGGCACGACAAAAGAAACAAACGUGGUCUGCAGACCAAGUCAAUGUCGUCAACUUCCUGGUCGAUCAUUGCAAGCUAGGAAACAAAUUCGAUAAAGAAUUAGUACAAAAAGUUUGUGGCAUUCUUGAGGUAAAUUCAGUUGAGGUUCCAUCACAUGGAGGCUUCAGUAUUCGUGCUAUAUAUCCUCGAUUAGCUAUCACAGCACACAGCUGUGUUCCAAAUAUAGUUCAUACCGUACUUAGCAAUGACUACCGAGUUCAGGUCAGGGCAGCUAUUCCUAUAAAAUCCGGGGAAAACUUGUAUUUAUGUUACACAUAUGCUCUGUCUCCAACUUUAGUGCGAAGAGAAUUCCUUGUUGAAUCAAAGUUUUUUUACUGCGACUGUCAUCGUUGCGCUGAUCCAACGGAGCUCAAUACACAUCUUAGCACACUCAAAUGUAGCAAGUGUGACGACGGGGUUAUAUUGCCAACAAAUCCUCUAGAAAACGAAACAAUGUGGAUGUGUUCAGAUAAAAACUGUGGCUUUAAGACAUCUAGUGCCGCCAUCCGUAAGAUGUUAGCCGUCGUUCAAGCUGAGACAGAACAGUUGGACGCUCUAGAACCUGGCCCAGCAGCGAUCGAACAACGAGAAGCAACAAUUAAAAAGUACAAGUCGGUCUUCCACCCCCGACACUCGAUUCUUCUUUCAUUAAAGCACUCCUUAGCGCAAUUAUAUGGUCGAGUGGAAGGAUAUAACAUUGAUGAGCUACCCGACGUUUUGCUUGAAAGGAAAGUAGAAUUAUGUCGACUUGUUCUCAAAACCUUGGACGUUAUAACGCCGGGAGAAACUAGGAUGAGAGGUAUGAUGCUGUAUGAGUUACAUGCGCCACUAAUGUUUUUGGCAAGAAACGAAUACGGGGCUGGUUUGAUUACCUCGGAUCAACUGAAAGAGAAAUUGCAAGAACCAAUUAGAUGUCUAGCGGAUUCUGCAAGGAUUCUACAGCGUGAAGAUCCUCACAGUCCUGAAGGCAUUACUGGACAAAUAGCACAACAAUCUAUGGAACAACUAAUAGCCAGUCUUGAGUCAUUGUAACUUUAAUUGGCGUUUUUGUGUCCUAUUUCGUUAAAUUUCACCUGAUAAGCAUCAAGGUACAAUCGUAGGUCUUAAUUGUUGUAAUAAAUAUUAUGUACUAGCGACCCACCCCAGCUCCACACGGUCGAAUCAGUUUAUUGUGCAGAAAUUACCUAAAUUAUAUGUAAUUAAAACAACCCUUUUUACAAAUUAUUUUCAGUAUGUAUUUUUCCUCUUAAAAUCGGAAAUAGCCCGCCAUAUGUAUAGGUAUACCUCAUAUUUCACUCCACACUACUUUUAUACAUCAAAAAGAAAAAAUCGACUUGCUGUUUUGAUUGAUUUGAUGGACAUUCUACUUUUUUAUUCCGCCUUUAACAAAAUAUUACAUCGAGAUUUAUCAAUUUUAACAUAAUUAAGUAACAGUACCAGUCUUUACCACUUUGUGAUUAAAGGUCAAAUUUGUUUAUGGUUAAGUUUAAAAUGGCAUCUAAAUUUUGACUUGCGUGCGGAUUUAUUGCGUUUCCAUCCGGUUUCCCUUGAUAAAGAUCUUCUUUUAUGAGUACUCACAGUGAUAUCUCCAUACCUAUUUCUAUCAAUACGACGCUUGAAAGGCAAACAUGACUAAGCGACAAUAACUGCUUUGUACAUAAAUGAUAGGCAA